AUGGACGCGAUUUUCGCGCGGCUUUUCCCCGCUCCCAAGGGCCCGCACCCGCAGGGGAAUGGCGCUCCCGAUGGGCGCGGAAAGGAUGGGCGCAGCGGGGCGAAAGCGAGUAACGAGGGCGUUCUGCGCACUGGACUGCUGGCCGCGUCCGCCUUCGCAGCGGGCUCUGGCCUGCUGCUCGCCGCACACCACCGCACCUCACCACUCGCCCUCGCAGCCGACCCCACCGACACGCAGCAGCAGGCCUCCACCAUGCUGCCACUUGGCAGCCUCGCAGUGGCCGUGGCUGACGUGGCAGCAGAAGCGCUGCCAACGGUGCGUGAGCCGGGCACAGGCGUGGAGUUCCCCGUGUUGCUGAGCGAUGCGGGGGAGGGGGCGGGGGAGGGGGAGAAGGCGGAGAAGGAGGGGAAGAAGGGGAAGAAAGGGGGGAAGGAGGGGAAGGCGGUGGCGGGGGAUCGCACGCUGGCGGGCGUUGGAGUGCGCAACAAGAACCUGCUGGGGCUGAAGAACAUCAAGGUGUAUGCCUAUGGCGUAUACGUGGACCAAGCGGCACUGAAGAAGCAGCUGAGCAGCAAGUACGGGGGCAUGAAGGGGGAGGCGCUCAAAGGCAGCCGGUGGCUCGUGGAGGACGCCAUCACCGCUGACGUCACCAUGGCCGUGCGCCUCGUCAUCUUCUAUAGGCAGGCCGCGUUCAACGAGCAAUCAGACGACACGCCCACUCAAAACUCCCCUCCCAUCCCCGCCCCUCCCCUCCCCUCCCCUCCCCUCCUCUCCCCUCCCCUCUCAUCCCCUCCCCUCCCCUCCCCUCCUCUCCCCUCCCCUCUCAUCCCCUCCCCUCCCCUCCCCUCCUCUCCCCUCCUCUCUCAUCCCCUCCCCUCCCCUCCCCUCCCCUCCUCUCCCCUCCCCUCUCAUCCCCUCCCCUCCCCUCCCCUCCUCUCCCCUCCCCUCUCAUCCCCUCCCCUCCCCUCCCCUCCUCUCCCCUCCCCUCUCAUCCCCUCCCCUCCCCUCCCCUCCCCUCCCCUCCCCUCCCCUCUCAUCCCCUCCCAUCCCCUCCCAUCCCCACCCCUCCCAUCCCCACCCACCCCCUCUGCGGGCAGGCAUCUGAAGAUGGGGCAGGUGCGCGAGGCGUUCAACGAUUCGCUUGGGGGGCGCAUGAAGGAGCUCAGUGGGGGCGUGCCGCAGACGGAGCUGCUGCACAGGUAA